AUGCAGGCGCUGGGGGGCAACGAGGAGCCGCCUGCCGAGACCGAUGAGCUCGACGUGUUCCACAACGUCGGGCAGGGCCUGGCAGGCCGCUACCGCGAGAUAAUGGUACAAUACUGGCAGCAGCUGAUCAAUGAGAUCGAGUCCACCAACGAGCCCGGCUCACCACAUCGCGACGACUUCAAGUCGCACUCCCUGCCGCUAGCGCGCAUAAAGAAGGUCAUGAAGACCGAUGAAGAUGUCAAGAUGAUCAGCGCGGAAGCACCGAUCCUGUUUGCAAAGGCUUGCGAGAUCUUCAUCACAGAGCUGACUAUGCGCGCGUGGUGCAUCGCCGAGGAGAACAAGCGACGCACGCUGCAGAAGCAGGACAUCGCUCAAGCGCUGCAGAAGUCCGACAUGUUCGACUUCCUGAUCGACAUCGUGCCGCGAGGCCUAGAGUAG